ACAGCACGAACUGGAACGCGCGAACGUAUGUUCUCGCGAUAUUUAAAGAUGAACGUAUCGCACGUAGCCAGGGUGGAAAUGCGAUCUAGUUUGGUAACGUCUUUCAUUUGAAUUAAUGUCUAUUUUUGAAAAGAAGCUUUGAAAACUUCGAGAAAUCCAUUCAUAUCUGAACUAGAGCAAUUGUUAUCUUAAAGUGCAGUUCUGGCUGGAAAAGCAUCGAUUCCACUUCCUCAACUCUAAGCAAUCACCAUGAUGGAAGUAGCAGACAAUGUUCCACCAGGCUGUCAAAUGUCCUGCUCGUUUUAUGGGUGCAAGAGGACCUACAACAGUCCAGAAGCAUUGAAUAGUCAUCUUCAGGACCAUCAAAAGAACACUGCCCAGUCUCUUCCAGGAAAAGCUUUCCUGUGCUCUCAAAUAGGAUGUGAUGGUUCAUUCAACAACAUGCAGCAGCUCAUGGAACAUAUGAGACACCAUCACAAGCCAAAUUAUUUUUUCUUGUGCGAGAGCUGCAGGGCCAAACUGCGUUCUUACCGCACUCUCCUCAAACACCUGCAGACCUGUGCCAAGGUUGCUAAGAAUAAGGCUGCAGUAAAGACAGAGCCUGACGCAGAGCCCACCGGUGUUACUCUCACUUCUGGUGACAUGGAACCAUCUGGACCCAUCUUAGCCCCAAAUAUACCCGAGGAGAUGGAGUCUAUGCCAUCUAUGCCCUCUUUAGCAACACAUUCAACACCGGCAAACAUGCCAGUAACCCAGCGGCCCCCAGAAAACAGUGCUUUCGCUAACCUGACCCCUGCAGGCCCUGCAUCUCUGCUCCUUGCCACUCUAAAUUCUGCCUCGACCCAAAAUCUUCCUUGCAAACCAGAAUCCCCCUACAGCCCCUUUCCACCCACUCUGUCUCCUGUUAACCCAGCUAUCCUGCCAGAUCCAGGGCAGCAGCAGCAGCAGCAGAGGUCUCCCAGGUCUGGUCCUCCCAGUCUGCCCUCUUCACCGCCCCUGCCGUCAUCGCCAGGAUCAAAUGCAGUCUGGAGGAAGAACCAAGACCCGCCCGGGCCCCUUUUGCACAGAUGGAACUCUCCAAGCAGUCAGAGUUUAAGUAGAGAUGAAGUCCAGCUCAGUCCUUCAACUGCCGCAUCCUGUGGGAACACACAAGAGGGCGAUACAGCUGCCUACAGUGUGGCCACUGCACCCCAGACCGGGGGGAGAUGACCGCUCACAUUGAAGGCCAGCACAGGAACCCAGGUGGCAAAGUGAACGGUGAUCAUGAUACAGAGAUUGGCACUGCUUCUUUACUGGCUAAGACUUCACUGCACACUGAGAACUCAACUUAUACACAGCUCUAGCAUGAAAUGAGAUACGAAACCUGCUGAUUGACAAAGAAAUUUUGUUGUAGCUUUUUAUACAGAGAGAGCAACUCAGUGUUUUCAUUUGACUGUUAGUGUGGACUUCAAGAAUCUCUAUGAUCUGGAUCUGUCACAAGUUCUGCAUGCCUUGUCUUCAGUAAGCAUUUGUCAGUCAUCUUAGAAAAAGACUUGUUAGGUUUCAUUAUAUAAUUUGGAAUUGCAUAUAAAUAACCUGAGUAAUGUUGUAAUAUUAUGUCACCUACAUUUUUUUUAAAAUCUUUUUGCAGGAGGCUGUAUCUCCAGAACCGUAUUCAUGUUUAAAAAAGAAAUCUUGGCCACUUGUAAUUGUUUCUGUAGUGUUUACUACCUGCAAAUAAAGCCUGUUAGAAAAAAUGAAAAA